UCAGUGAUGAUACACCGCGUCGCAGUGGUUUGUGUAUCGUCGGGAAGUUCAGUUUGAAUUUAGGAAUCGAAAAAGAAGCCAGGAGAAGAAUAAUUAUCCAAAGGUUUAAACCCGUCGAUACUGGGGAGAAGGUUGCUGUGAUACAAGACCUCGUUCCUUUCAAACCACAGCGAUUACUUAUUGGACAAUGUUCACCGACCAUCUCUGUUGGAUGCAUGCAAGAUGGCUGUGACUUCGGAAUCAUCAACUGUGACCAAGUUUCCCCUUCGCACUUUCAACACCGGACCUGGCUUCCUGCCCAUCAGGGAACAGCUCGGCAAAAAAUCGGCCAGGGAGCGACUGGCAGAGAGCCGGUCAAAGUUUGUACGCCGAGGCAGCCGAGACGAGUUAGAAGACAACCAGGGAGACGAGAACCAGAGGACACCUGGCCAUGUGUUCAGGGCGGUCCCAUACGUCCAUGAGGGGGACAGGGAGCCCCAGCCUGUCAAAAAGUCCCGUCCGCGGGCACCCCCACCCAUCCCAGACAAACCUCCCCAAGUUAAACUGAUGAGGGGUGUGCGGAAAGGCAGUAGAGAUCGAACACUGGAGAUAGUGGAAGCUUCGCUUCGAGGCAGUUUGAGCCAGUCUUCCGAUGAAGUGACUUCCUCAUCCCAGGGAGUUGUCAGUAAUACGGGAUCGUCUCAUUCUGAUUCCCCACCAGAAAAUCUGAGUGGCGGUAGCCGUGUCCGUAAGCUGAAGGAGCAGUAUCUGAACAUUUUGUGCGCUGACAGCAGAAGUGAAGUCAGUCAGGGUCAAGCUUCCCCAGCAGAAUUUCAAAAGUCUGAUAGUUCGUCCAGUUCUCCGGUCUUGUUAAAGGGCAAUCUCCCCAGCUAUCUGAAAGAUUCCCACACAACUGCUUUCAAGGCCCCAUCUGAGGCAGAUGCCAUUGAGCCCGAAGAGGUUUUGUCACACCCAGGCCAUAGUUGUUCUGGGGAACCGAAAUUGCACGAGAGAGGAAACGCACAAGUGGUUGACACGCUAAGAACCUUGGGCACUUCCAGUGAAAAGGAACACAGUCUGAAAAGUGACUUGGGGAUGGUGUCCAACGCUAAACACCCUUCUUCAUUUGUUUCUCCCGAUGACCAGACCAGAAGACAGAUGGAGCGCUUCAAAGCCAGAUACGCCACCGACUUGGCAAACGAGAAUGGCCAAGAACGGAAGAUCAGCAAGAUUACCCUGAGGCCUCCAGGGCAGGCAGCCGAGAGAAAAGUACGGAGUGCUUCAGUGGAAGAGCCACCUUGGCAAACAUCAUCACGUGCUGUUAGACCAAGAUCGUAUACUUCCGAAGGAGAGAGUGGUGACCAGCCCAUGGAGGUUGCCUGUGAACAAGACACAUUUUCAAGGCCCUGCAUGCCGCCUUUUGAACUCUCAUCAGAAGGGGAUAAAAAACGCACUGAGAAAAUGAGGAAGGAUACCACAUCUCAGAAGUUUGUCUCAACAAGUCAUGGAGAAAGCUUUAGUGCAGAAAGGUUUGACCCAGACAUUUCUAGGCCAAUGACGUCAGAUGACGUAAGGCGACUGAGGCGAACCAAGGAGUUCAAUGUCUCUGGGAAGUCACCAGAGCGCUGGGGGGAGCUUGAAGAAACCAGCAAAAACCAGAGGUCUGUGCUUGAACAUGCUGUACAUCAUGGUGGAGACAGGGUACUAGGGCAAGUCAUCGGCAGCAUCUACCCAUCAAAGCAUUAUGUCAGCAAAAAGGCCUUCCAGUCCAGGCUGCAGCCCCAAGACUCACCCCAGAUUGAUUCUAAAGAGGAGAUCAUACACCGAAGAGCCAAGUCAGAUCUUGAUCACAGUGAUACAGUUCUUGGCUCCUCUGAAGAAGAAGCAAACUUCUGUCGUCCGAGACACCGCAGUCAGGAUGACAGAUUGCAGCAAGACACCAUCCUCCCACAGCCCACAAAAAAGGAUAUUGCUCAAAGCAUACUCUUUAAGUAUACCACGACCAGCCCAGUCAAAAAAAGGUCCUGGGCUCCAGUUAACUUUGGUCAAAACCAGAUCAGAAGCGAUGCAAACAAAAUGGAGGCACAAGUGAGCCUCUCUCAAAAUCAAAGGGCCUUAUCUCCUGACAUUUGCAUAGCUGGGGAAAUUGGCACGGAGUUGCAGACUCCACAGAGCUAUGGACUUCAGCAGAGCACAGCAACAAAGAUGUCACCAGAAGAUGGCCACGAGCGUGCAAAAUCACUGGUUCAGAGCUUCCUCAGUGGAGUCAUGAGCAGUCCAAGAGGUGGGGAAAUCUCACUCAGCCCGGCAAAAGGAGACACCAACAGAGCUGGCCAACCACAUAAUGACGGUAACGGAAAUCGCAUCUCCUCAGAAUCUUCAGAAAACCGAACACUGUCUGAUGACAAAAUACACACAGUUGGAACCCACUGGGCAUUUCCAGUGGAAAUUAGUGAUGAUGUAAACUUGAACACCUAUGAAGAUAAUGAAACUGAUUAUGAGGUGCAGGUUGUUUCAAAAGAUGUACAACUACAUGGACCAGUGCCUGAUGCGAGAGAACGUGGCUCAAUUUCUAAUAGAACAGAGAUGCAAGGGAAGGCAGAACACGGAAGGAAAUACUCGGAACAGUCUGUGGAAGGAUCAAGGUGCAGUGAGUUGGACAAGAGACGGAGGUUAAGUCACAACUCAGCCACGUCUUCAUCAAAGAAAGAUGAUGGCAAAGACAAGUCAACUCCUGACACAGAACCACAGCAAGUCAAGACAAUGAGCCUUUCAGACCUGGGUAAAAAUGCCACACGACGGCGUGCAAAUGGGACUGGAGUGGCCGAUAAAAUUGAUCUGUUCAGAAGCACCGAAGUGACAAGUACCAACCACAAUGAAACGUAUUCCAAGUGGUCUGCACCUGCAAACCCCAAUAGAGCUCGAGGGGAGGAGUCGGAGACAGACAGUGAUGAAGCGGAGCUCCGUCGGAGUAAAGUCCUGCGGGUGAAAAAGCCCCAGCGGCAGGCCGAUCAGAAGAAAGAAGAUGACAAGGCACUGCAGAAUCUGCUCUCUCGGAUUAUAAAUCCUGACGACGAGCUAAACACCCUCAAGAGGGGGCAAAAAUUGCAUGUAAAAGCACUGGAAAUUCCUGUCCAACAAGUAACUCACAAGUCUAGCAGCAGUAGCAGCUCUGAAGGAUCUGAAGACAAGGCAUGUAGGAAGAGGAUCUUGGCUGCACAGAAGAAGCCUGUGCCAAAGAUUUACAAUGUGAAUCUUCAUGCCAGUAUCCACAGGCCCCUCCCAAACUUUGACAGCAGGCAGAACCGGAAUAUUCAAGCCGCACAUCGUGAAGGUCCAACUUCACGGCCAGCACCGCUCUCUUCCCCCACGAGGUGGGAAUUCUUGCGCCGACGCUCCAAGUCAGACCUAGGGGUGACCAGUCCCAGCUGCUCCCUCUCCAGUGCCCCCUCGGAGGUGGAGCGCUUCUUCAACCAGAUGGGGCUGAGCGAGAGCUUCCUCCAGAGCCCACUCUCUCCGUUGCUGUACAGUGACGAGGACGAGGUGUUCCACGACAUGCACGAGUACAAGCACACCCGGGAGGAGGAUGACGACGAGGGUGGCAACUUCAGCACCGAGAACUCGGACAACAUCUCGCAGGGGAGCAAAGUGAGCGAGGAGGGCCUGGGCCUGGCGAAGAAGCUCCCAGACACAACCCAGUCCAUCAUCACCAAGAACGCUCGGGUCAUCAAAUGGCUGUGCCAGAUGAGGAAAGCACGAGCGGCCAGCAUCUCCUGAUCCUCCCAGAUGGUGUCUACCACCCUAAGGCUCUCUACUGGCUGGAAGUCUUGAGAAAUUCACUGAAGGAUUGUCGGCAACCGGCAGAGUGCAAAACAGGAGAAGCUUCGGGAUAUUCAAUUACACCUUGCCUUGCUUCACUUAGCUGUAGAGAAGUCCGAUGCGCGCAUCUCAAUCGAAUCAGAGGGAAUUUAUUCAAGGGGUCACACUUUCAAAUUCCAUCAUGUCCGUGCUUUUACAAACUGUACACUCACAUGUACAAAAUGGACUGCUAAUGUACGUGUAUUAACCAAGGCUGCAUCCAAAUCUGUUGUUUAGAGAUAGGUCUAGGUCUUCUUUCCGUUGGAAAUACACUAAGACACGUAGACAGUACACCUAUCUGUAGCUCUGGCCUAAGUACCCAAGUAAAGCCUGCUCCAAAUUACCAGUUACUGCUGCUGAUUGUACCAAAGCUCUUUUGCCUUGUAAUUAGUAUUGUGAAGUUAGCGAUUUUUGGAUCAAUUUGGCCUUGUGGUUGAUGCUUUAGAAAACAAAAACCGAAAACAAAAUAAUCUUAAGUCCAGCUGUGUUCCAAACCUUGGCUUUGUCGUCUUUUGGCCUGCAGGGUCGUUUCAUGAUAUCGCUUGGAGACCCUUAAAAAAGCUCAGUCGAACUUUGUUUUUUGCUGGGGGUGCGUCCUGUUGUUUUAAUUACGAGACCAAACUUUGGAUAAUGUUCUUAUUUGAUUUGUACAGUAAAUGUUCCAAACUACUUGUGCAGGCAUGCAACUUUCUUUGAUCAGCUGAUUUUCUGGUUUCCAUUGAAAAUUGGAAAAUACUGUACAAAGCCUUGUCAAGAUUGGGGUUUCCUCUCUUUUUGUAAAGCCCAAGUUUCAUGCCCACUUGCGGAGCUUGCAAAAAAGCCAAAGAUAUGUGAAGCAAUCUGGAAAAAAAAAAAGGGCAUACAGUAAAAUUUAAGAGCACAGUUUGCUCUUGCAUUUUACAGAUAGGGCCAAUUUCGUGGCUCUGCUUAUACACAUGUGCUCUUCUGCUACACACAGGAACUCAAUGCUCAGUAAAGGUUACCAACCAAAGUGUACAUAAUACAUGUGUUAACAGUCAAGUCUGGUACUUUGCUCAGCAGUGAUUGCAGCUUCAAAGAAAUUGUGUGCUUACCAUGCAAGCACAGAAUCUUUCAGAGGAGGAUGUAUCUAUGUACAUAAUACAUUCUGGUUUUUCCCCCUUGUGAAAUAAGCCACUUGCUAGUAUCUUGAAAUGUCUGCUGUGAAGUAUUCUGCUGUACCUGUACAUUUACUUUACACAGUGCGUGUCUCAGUGAGUAAAGCUGAAAAAUCAGGCCCAGGUCUUCUCUCUGUCAGAUUGAAGAAAGUUUAAUGUGUUCUGGGUAUGUUUACCCUUUACUUUUAAAACCAUGCAAUUUCAGGAUUGAUCUAAGGAAGUUAACAAGAGCGGUACCUAUACAUGUACAUGUAGCUCUGAAAAGCGUUCAACAAAAUUGUAGGGACAAGUAGUUUGUAUUCAAUUCUGUGUGAUGUCAGUGAUGAUGCUGGGUUUCUCAAGACAAAAAAUGGCUACAGCUAGUAAAUUGUGCAUUAUAAAAAUUUGUACUAAAAGAUUUCUUGAAAAGCUCAUGUACAUAAUAGCCAAAGUGCUUUGACCGCUGAGGGCAUUUAUAGAUAAAAUUGGUUUUGUAUGUACCUGUGUAAUUAUUUAUCAUAGAUGGACGCAUCAGAGGGUUGGACAGUUUAUAUGGUAUGCCUUAACAUGGAGAUAGGAGCAGGUUAGCGUUUACAGUACUAAGAGGAGAAUCAUUUAUGCUUUGAAUCUGUGGUAGGUGGUUUAAGAGGCAGUCACGUCAAGGUUUUUUCACAAUGAAACUACUCUGUACAUGUACCUUGGAUGCGACAGUGUCGAAUUCGGUUUAUUUUACCACAAAAUGCUGUGUUAACUUUGUUUAAAAAUUGCUAACGGGCUGAAUUUCUCAGAUACCCGCCUUUUGGUCCAAGAUGGCUUUUUUGUUUACAAAGGAAAUGUUGAGGGAUGUUGCAUACGGUACAUUUUCUUCGUGGCCAUUGUUAUAGGUUGCUUAUUCUACUUGAACUGCUUUAAUAGUUAAGUUUGAUUUUGUCCAAGAUGUCCAUAGUAUAAGAUUUGAAAAUCUCCAAGAAAUGCCUUGAUGAUUAGAAUUGGACUUCUAGCAACAAUUACCGGUGAUAAAGUUUUGAUGCUCCUUUGGGAUAAUUUUGCCACCUUGCACCAAAAUUUGCAAGAGUGUUAUGCAUUACCCCACGUAGACAUGUUAAUUGGUUGAUGACCAGUUUAAGUAAUGUGUGUGAAUUCUUUUCUUUUGAAGCCAGUUUCGACUAUCUAGUCAGUAGAGUGGUGCUUGUUGGGCUGUGCAAGGUGGUUUCUGGCAGUUACGCAACGGCUGUCAACAGUCUUGCCAUGGAUUUUUAAAAAACCUUUUUAAGGUCUGCUUUUUCUGGUUAAGAACGAAUUCUUAAUCCGAGCGUGUUGCCAUGAUCCCUGAAAUUAUGAAGGCUCUGCAGUAGACUUGAUUCAAAGUACGGGACUGAGCUUUGUCCGUAGGCCUUGCCGUGCCUCCCUAGUCGCUUUUGUAGCAAAGUUGUCCAUGUUUUUCUUCUACAUUUUUGACAGCAGAAUAAGCAGGGCCAACGAUGUGCAAAUAACUGAAGACAUUCUUAGGAAUAUGUUGUAGCUAUACUCUCUACAACCGGUGAGUUACGGAUAGCCAUCGACAGGGCAGAGUGUGACUCGAAUUAACUCUUGUAUAUGUAUUUAUUGAAACCGAAUUGCUGGAUGCCAUAGAUGUAAAAUAAAAACAAAACCACUUCUUUAAUAGAAA